AUUUGGGCGUGGGCUAUUCGCUCCCGCCGUUUUUCUCCGAGUAUGCCACGGGACAAGGCUCUGUGUGAUAUUCUUGAUUCUGCCUUUUAUAAGUCUCCAUAUCGUGACCGUAGAAAUGAUGCGUCAUCGAAACAGCUUCAACGUGCACUGCGACAAUCAACCACACUGUACGUCGGAAAUCUAUCAUUCUACACCCGAGAGGAGCAAAUUUGGGAACUUUUCAGUAGAGCUGGCGAGAUCAAGCGUGUUAUUAUGGGCUUACAUAGAUUUCAUAAAACUCCGUGUGGCUUCUGUUUUGUCGAAUACAUGACACGUGAGGGCGCAGAGAUGGCAAUGCGUUAUGUCAAUCGUACUCGCUUGGAUGACCGAGUUAUCCGGACGGACUGGGAUGCUGGUUUCGAAAACGGGCGUCAGUAUGGACGUGGUCGCACUGGCGGUCAGGUGCGUGACGAAUUUCGUAAAGACUACGACGCAGACCGAGGCGGAUAUGGAAGACUGGCACAACGGGAGAUCGUAGACUAAUUUUUUCUAACCAUCAAUCACUGUACAGUUCCAUUUUUCUUCGGUGUAUUACAAACACGUGUUUUGGACCUUUGACUGGGCGUCCCUUACCUUUCAAGUUGUUACAUCAAUUGAAAAUGCUGUUCAAG